UCUGUGUGGGGAGGGGGGAGAAGCCCCGCCUCUGUGAGCCGUGCAGGAAGGAAGGAAGGCCUAGCAGCCAGAGACUGAGGGAGAGAGAAGGAGAGGGGCAGGCAGGAGCGGAGUGAGGGGAGAGAUGAAGAGGCCUGAAUCUGCGGCUGUGGCAAGUGAAUAGGAAACUGCUGUAGCAGCAACUAGAGCUCUUUUCAGGGUUCGGAAGGAAAGAGGGAGCUUCUCAGGGCUCUGACUAUCCAAGCAAGCUCUUUCCGGGAAUGGGAAACCAAAGGGAGUUCUUUCUUGUACUCUGAACAUACUGCAACUUAAGUGGGGAUUUCCCAGCACAUAGCAAGCGGGACCCAUUCCGAGUGAGGCUCUCCCGGCUGGCACACAUCAAAUCUCACACUAAUGCUCAUCUGAGGACAGACUUGGCAGGAUCCUACUACACCUCUGUGACACCCUUCAGUGGACCUGGAUCACCUGCAGCAGAACUGCAGGUGUUUAGUGCUACUGGCAUAAUGGUGACAUUCAGGAUGUGCGUUGCCUUGAUGAAACCAUUUUGCAACCUACUGGCAUUCUGUAGCUGUUUAGCUGUUAUUCAUCUGGUGCCUGUACAAGCAGACGUCGCAGCAUAUACAGCUGAUAAUGUGUCUCGGACAUUUGAUGACCUACCAGCUCGUUUUGGAUAUAGACUCCCUAGUGAUGGAUUAAAGGGAUACAUAGUGACCGCCAAGCCAGAAAAUGCUUGUCAGCCAAUAUCCCCACCACCACUCUUGCGGGACAACACCUCUAGUGUCUUUAUUGUACUCAUCAAGAGAUUGGAAUGUAACUUUGACCUGAAGGUGCUGAAUGCCCAAAAAGCCGGCUUCAAGGCUGCAGUUGUUUACAAUGUGGACUCAGAUGACCUUAUCAGCAUGGGAUCUAAUGAUGUUGAUAUUUUGAAGCAGAUAGACAUUCCAUCUGUUUUUAUUGGGGAGUCUUCAGCACGGUUUUUAAAGGAAGAGUUUUCUUGGGAAAAGGGUGGCUAUAUUGUGCUAGUCCCUGAUCUCACCCUGCCAUUGGAAUACUACUUGAUACCAUUCCUCAUCAUAGUGGGAAUCUGCCUUGUGCUAAUUGUCAUCUUUAUGAUCACUAAGUUUGUGCAAGAUCGGCACAGGGCAAGGAGAAACAGACUUCGUAAAGACCAACUGAAAAAGCUUCCCAUACAUAAGUUUAAGAAAGGAGAUGAGUAUGAUGUGUGUGCGGUGUGCCUGGAUGAAUACGAGGAAGGGGAUAAGCUGAGAAUCCUCCCCUGCUCACAUGCCUAUCACUGUAAGUGUGUUGACCCAUGGCUAACCAAGACAAAGAAGACAUGCCCUGUGUGCAAGCAGAAGGUUGUCCCCUCUCAAGGAGAUUCAGAGUCAGAUUCAGACAGCAGCCAAGAAGACAAUGAAGUCUCAGAAAACACCCCACUGCUCCGCCCCAUGGCAUCUGCCAGCACCCAGUCUUUUGGGGCUAUCUCUGAAUCUCACUCACAACAAAACAUGAUGGAGUCUUCCGGCGAAGAUGAGGAUGAUGACGAUGAUGAAGAUGACUCUGACAGCAGCGAUGAGGAGCACAACACAGAAAGUGUUGUAGUUCAGUUGCAGCACAACAUGGAGAGGGAGUCCAGGGAAAGGAAUACUGUGUGAUCAAGCCACGCACUGGCAGCAUUACUACAUGAAUAUGUCAGUAAACAAAAGCCGUUGCCAUUUGCUUAUCUCAGUUAGAAGCCAUUUAUGACUUUAGAGAAAUAACACAUUUAUUUUCAGAAAAAUCCUCAACUUUCUUAUAAUGGCUGUCUGCUCCAUAAUAUUCCCUUUUAUCUCUGAUGCGACACUGCUUCUUAUACAAUUAGUAUAUCGAUUGUUUGAAUGGAGCUGCUGAAUAGCAAGUCAAUCAGCCCUGUAUUUUUUUAGACACUACACUAACCCAGGGCAAUAAGAACCAGCAACACCUGCAUGGUACUCUGAGAUCCCAAACUCCUGGUGCAGUCAGGACUUGCACAUUGGCCUUGGGGCUGACAUGGCUGGAACAAUAACGAAGGCCUUGUAUGACUUUUACUAUAGGUUGUGUAAAUGAGAUUGAGGACAUGUCCUGGUGACAUAGAAGCCACAAGAGCCCCAAUGGUGAGUGAUACGGGCAAGAAGAGGCCACACGCAAAUAGAUGAUAUAAUAACAAUACAAACAUCUUUUUCAUAGAAAAAAAAAAACCUUACUUGACAUUGUUGAUUAUUUAUGAUUCAGUAUAGUUAUCCGUACGGAAUGAACUGGAGAAAAUCUAAGACGUGAACAAACGGAAGUGUUAUGUUCAUACUAUAUAAAAACCUCUCUGGUAGAGAAUAUAUAUGGGAUUUUUUUUUUCUGUUUUCUCAUUUGUACAGUUUCUCUGCAUUCAUGCACUAUAGGAAUAAAGCUUAUACACUUAUCCUGUUAUUCAAGCGCAAGCUUACUUUACCGAUGUAGAAAGGCACAAUGUAUGUACAGUUCACCUGUUUUAUAUCACUGAGAGUGAAAUCUAAAAAUAAAAUGUGGUUUCACACUUGAA